AUGCCCAGGCCGGGGAAGAGUUCGUACAGCGACCAGAAGCCUCCCUACUCUUACAUCUCCCUGACGGCCAUGGCUAUCCAGCACUCGGCAGAGAAGAUGCUGCCCCUGAGCGACAUCUACAAGUUCAUCAUGGAGCGGUUCCCUUACUACCGGGAGCACACCCAGCGUUGGCAGAACUCCCUCCGCCACAACCUGUCCUUCAAUGACUGCUUCAUCAAGAUCCCGCGGCGACCCGACCAGCCGGGUAAAGGCAGCUUCUGGGCGUUGCACCCGGACUGCGGGGACAUGUUUGAGAACGGCAGCUUCCUCCGCCGCCCCCCCCCCCCCCGCCGCCGCAAGCGCUUCAAGGUGCUGCGCCCCGAGCAUCACCUGCCCGGCGGCGGCGGCGGCGGGGGGCGGCGGAGGUCCCGGCAAACCCCCGGCGCCUACCCCACACAUGGUGCACUACUUCCAUCCGCACCCUCCGCCGCCUUCUCACCCUAUGGGAGCAGCCAGCCCUCGGGCUUCAAGCAUCCCUUCGCCAUCGAAAACAUCAUCGGCAGAGAUUACAAGGGUGUACUGCAGGCCGGCGGGCUGCCGCUGGCCUCGGUGAUGCACCACCUAGGCUACCCGGUGCCCAGCCAGCUCAGCAGCGUGGUGAGCUCCGUGUGGCCGCACGUGGGGGUGAUGGACUCUGUGGCCAGUGUGCCCGUAUCUCCUGACUACGGACCCUUCGGCAUGCCCGUGAAGGCGCUCUGCCACCCGCCGGCACAGACCAUGCCCGCCGUCCCGGUGCCCAUCAAGCCGGCGCCGGCGUUGCCCGCUACCUCGGCCAUCCCUGCUCUGACGGUCGCCACCUCGCAGAUCUCCCCCGCCGCUUCCCCGGCUGCUGCAUCGCUGCUGGAGCAGACCGCGAGCAACAACCCCGAUGGCAAGAGCUCCCUCCACUCCGUCCUGGUGCACUCCUAA